UUCUACUUAUAAAAAAGAGCUAAACAAGAACCACUCAUAAACCACCCCACACACUCUGUCCACAGGCCACUCAUUUCUCCCUCAACGCUUGCCCUUUCUUCACUGCCAUGGACAACCAACGCAACCCUCUUCUGACUUUUGCUUACUACUGCCAAGGAAAGGGUAUGGAAGAUCUAAGGCAUUCACUUUUGUGCACCACUAUUGAGCUGGAACAAACGAAGAUGGUGGUUCAAGAAGAGCUUAAAAAGAGAGAUGAUCAAUUGCUUCAAUUCAAAGAUCUACUCAGCAAAGUCAUCAGAGAAAGAGAUGCCGCUCAAGAGAAAUGCCAAAGACUUCUUUAUGAAAAGCUUUUGUACCAACAACAACUACAACAACAGCAACAACUUCAGCAGCAGCAGCAAGUAACUGCAGCUCCUCUCUCUGGAAUUUCAAGCAUUGAAGAUGAUCCCAAAAGGGGAAUUGACUCCAACAAUGGCUUCUCUUCAUCAGAUUGUGAAGAAAGUAUUGUUUCAUCUCCAGUCAUUGACCCAAUUCCUCCACCACCACAAUCACAAUUACAACCACAACCACAACCUCCAGAAGAACCAACAAUUGAGCUAGUUCCUGACAAGCCAUUACCUGAAAAGGGAAAGCUUUUACAGGCAGUAAUGAAAGCAGGUCCACUUUUACAGACUCUUCUUUUAGCUGGACCACUGCCUCAAUGGAGGCAUCCACCACCUCCGCUUGAGUCCUUUGAGAUCCCACCAGUAACCAUACCUUCACCACCACCACCACCACCACCUCCCGUACCACAGCUCCUUCACCAAGACUCCUUGAUCAGCAUCAAUGCUUGCAAUAGCAUUCUAAACAACUGUGCUAAAGUCAACAGAAAAAGAGCUCUUUAUAAUGGCUCUGAUUCUCCUACAGAGACCAAGUAUCAAAGGGUUCUACUCCCUUGAUUCACUCCUUCUGUCACUGCUACUACUACACAUUAGUCUACAUAGUUUGAUUUUGUUAAUUUUACCAAUUUUAAUAUGAUCAUAGGCUAGUGAAGUUGGAAUUGUAAGGCGGGUAUGUGACUGAUCUUUGAUCUAGCUUUUGUACAGAAGUUUGUUGUUAAACAAAGGAGGAUAUCCCAACCUAAGUUUAACUCAGCGGAGAAAGAAGAGUAAAGACUAAAAAUAGAGUUCUUUUGCACAUUUUAGGGUUGGCUUGAACUUGAUUUUGCCAAAAUUGGAGUGGGCAUGGCUUGUAAACUGUAACUUAAAAGACACUAGUUUAGCCAGUGGCUUGUGUUUGUUAAAGUGAGAUUCUUUUAUGGGUGUGGGUUUGGAUGUGGUUUGGGUGUAGAGUUGUUGAGUAAGGCCAACAACCAGAAGGUCUAAGAACUCUGCUUGUCGGGGUCAGUGGAUCCUACAGAUCAGAAUCAGGAUCUACUAAUGGUGUGAUUGUAUGAUUAUAUUAAUCCUUUUUUCAAGGGGAAGAUUAUGAUUAAUUAAUUGCAUUGUAAUCUUAUUAUGUUUCCCAGGAAUGCUAAUACUACUACUACUGAAUUCACUCUCUA